AUGCCUUCGACAUUCGCUACAUCCCUGCUGGCAGGCGCAGCGGCUGGAACCGCCGUCGAUCUCUCUCUCUUCCCCCUCGACACCCUCAAGACCCGUCUCCAAGCAAAAGGAGGAUUCUUCGCCAACGGAGGAUGGAGCGGAGUCUACAAGGGCAUUGGAAGUGUCGUAGCCGGUAGCGCACCAUCUGCCGCUCUCUUCUUCGUCACAUACGAGGAAUCAAAGAAGAUUUUUACACCAAUAUUCACAUCCUACCCAGCAAUCGCACACAUGAUCUCCGCCUCCAUCGCCGAGACAGCAGCUUGCGCCGUCCGUGUCCCAACAGAGAUCAUCAAACAGCGUGCACAAGCAUCGCAAUUCGCUUCCUCCCUCGAGGCUCUCCGCGCGGUUCUCGCCAGCCCAGAAGGAGUGUUUGGAUUAUACAGAGGAUGGGGAUCGACGUUGUUCCGUGAGAUUCCAUUCACGAUUAUUCAGUUUCCGAUAUAUGAAGCCGCGAAGUCAUGGAGAGCGAAAGCGACGAAUCGGGAGAAGGUCAGUCCUGGUGAGGCUGCGGUGAUUGGAAGUAUGGCGGGUGGGUUUGCGGCGGCGUGUACUACACCGUUUGAUGUUAUUAAGACACGUCUUAUGUUGGCGAAAGAGAAGCAUGGGAUUUUUGAGAUGGCCGGGAAGAUCAUGAAGGAGGAAGGGCCUAAAGCAUUCUUGAAGGGGAUCGGACCGAGAGUUACCUGGAUCAGUAUUGGUGGAUCUAUUUUCUUGGGCGUGUACGAGGCGGUAAAGGAUGCACUCUCGACAGCAUAGAUUAUAUAGCAUAGUAGACAAACACGAUCAUAUUAAAUCCACCCCCGAACGACCCCAGAUGCAGGUAACGCAACUCCGCAUGAAAAAAACCUGUAUGUGAACCCCAUGGGAAGCAAAAGAAAACCAAUGCCAGUACCGCUUCGCCCUUUUAUGCUUCUUGGGAAUGCGAUACCUUGCUCCGCCGUAUCC